ACUGAUAGAGGCCGGACUAACCAAGAAGGCUCUCUCCUACUGCGAGUCUAUCAGCUGGUUUGUGAUUAGGAGUCCGUCCAGUUUUAACAGCACAUUUCUGCAGCUGCUGAUGGACUUCUCUGUUCGACUCCAUUAUGCCUCCUAUCCAUCAGGAGUGAUGGAGAAUGAGCUGCCACCUUGGAUACUGACCCUGGACCAAUCUGUUGGAGACAACAGCUUUAUGGGAGGAGUGUCCCCGGCUAAUGUCAUAUCUCGUGCCAGUCCCUCCCUCAGCUCAGCUGCUGGUUUAGCUGCAGCUGCUUCCCACCAGCCCCUCCUCCCCUCCUCUUACACCACUCAGGAGUACCUGCAGGUACCAGGGGGAGGGGCAGGGGGUGCGGCAUCAGUCCAGUAUCCUGUUCCUGAAGGAUAUUCAACGACUGUUGAACCAGUGACCGAGGUUAUCACUGGUGACGCUGGUGACACUGGUCAGUAUACUGGGUACACUGCUCCAGUGGGAUACGCUGUAGCUAGUGAAGACACAACAGAUUAUACUGGAUACGUACCACCGUCCAUAGCAGAUAGUAUGCCUCAGUCCACAGUAGCUAAUACUGGAGAGCAGCUGCCAGUACCUGCCGUUACUGCUACUGAUGCAACUGGUUUUCAAGGAGUUACUGAACCACCUGCAAACCCUAACCCUGUGGCAUAUAGUACAGCAGAGCAGGAGACACUACCUGACCAGUAUGGCUCUUUAAUGAACUACCAGCAACCAUGGGCCCAGUCUUGGGACACUGGUACAUCCACUAUACCAGAGUCCCAGUCCGCUGGUAUGUAUGGAGGAGAGUCUUUGGAGAGUUCGUCUGGUCUCAUGUCCAGUAGCUCACAAGUGGGUGUGGUCAGGUCCACCCACGGGUUUAACGAGUACAACAGCUCCAGUACUUUAAUGGGAGAGAGUAGCUCCGUCUUUACUGCCCCACCCACUGAUAAUAAACCACACCUACCUAGCGAAGGGAACAAAGAAAAGAGCAAUGAAGAUGAAGAAGAUGUACCUAAUAAAAUUAAAGAUGUUGAUAAAGAUAAAGUAGCUGCUGAUUCCAAGAGCUGGCUGGGACGUCUCAAUCCGUUCAACUUAAUACCCAAAGGACCGAAACAAGGAUACCUACCUGAUGACAAGAACCCACGGAUAAUAUUUGAUAAAGAGAAAAACCGUUGGAUUGAUUUAGAUGCUGAUGAUCAGAAUGACAGUGGACCAGCUCCACCCCCUACAGACUCUGAACUUAAAUCAACCGCCGGUAUCAGUUCUACCUCUGGAGGGGUGGGCAGGGUAGGGGGAGGGGCUAGGGGUAGGCUGGCUAAGGCUCGUUAUGUUGAUGUUGCCAGAUCUAAUAAAACUCAAUUGACUGCCCCGCCCCCUUCAGCCUUAGCUCCACCCCCUGGUGGCUUAAUGCCCCUGGCUCAGGGAAUGCAGUUUAACCUGUUUGUACCAGCUCAGCCAAAUCAACAAAAUGACGGAGUAUCUAACUUUGAGUCGCUAUACAAUCCUGUCCCUGUCUCCUCUACUAGUGACACUCCUCCUACUGCUACUAAUGAGUCUCUAUCUAAUACAAUGACUCCAUCAGAAGUGACUUCAUCUUCUUCUUCUCAUACAAUUCAAUCACAGGAACACCUCGGGCCAUCAAUGGCUGUCUCUCGCUUUCCUCCAUCACAAAACCCUCACCACGUCCCUCAGGACCAGUCCUCAUUGUCAGUUUAUCAAACACCAGCUCCUCCUGCUACUGGCCAUCAGCCCCACCUACCUCCUGCCCCGCCCCCUCAGUCCAGGACGGAGAGGAGAACAGCUUCAGAAUCCUCUGAUGUCAGUAUAGGGGUACCAGAGGCUCAGGAUAAAAUGGAGCCUCCUAAACCACAGUUUUUCAAUCCUAAUGACUUCACUAACAUGAGAAGAACAGCUGCAACUGCUCCUCAUCAAAGGAGCGAUCCUUUUCCAGACAAUGUGUCUGAUGCCAGUAUCCUUAGCGAAUUCUCACAGGAAGUUAGUCAAAUUAAUAAACAAGCUAUGAGUCGUCAGAGGUUAAGACCGGGUUCAAGACCGCGGUACCAGUAUCCUCCUAGCAACUGGCAGCAAGGCCAGCCCCGCCCAACUCAGGCUCCGCCUCCUGGGCCUCAAGGAAACUGGUUAUAAUUUAUUGAUUAUAUUAAUUAUUAUUAUUAAUUUAAUUAAAUUAAAUUUAUACAAUUUUUAUUUUGUACUAUA